CUCGCUACAUCUUUUUUAUCUUAUCUCCUCGACGUCAGUCUCGCUCGCUCGUUCCGAUCUUGAAGCGCAGACUCAAAGACCCGUUUAGCCUUUGAAUCACUUGCAUAUCACCAAACUUGAUUAUUCUACAUAGCAUUCCCUGUGAAGACAUUUUUACUGUCCUCAUUUCCUUACUCCUCGAGACGUCACGGCCACUACCUAUCUCUAUCCAUCUUUGGAUCGAAAUAGCAUCAUAGUGCUCUGAACACCGUCUUUUGCAAACUUCGAACGCAUUACCAGCAAUGCCGAGACCUCUUUCGCACUCUCGUCGUCAGCGAGCACAAGCUUCACAACCUCGACCCCCUCACUGGCGCCCUCGUGUAUCGUCCCCAUUAACGAGCGAGAUUAUCUUUGGCGACAAGGAAGAGAAGAGUGAUGCCACAUACAUUUCUAUUGAUGCUCCGGGUCGUCUCGCGGAGGAAGAGGGCUUUAGUCGACCCCGAGUUAGCCAUAUCAUCUUCAGUCUCUUUAUCGACUGCCUAUUAUCGUUUGGUCUGUGCCGAAUCGCACUGGACAACUUGAUCAAUCUGCGUGACACUGUGGCGUCAAUUCCACCGGCCUAUCGAGCCGACGGCAAAGUGAUGUUCUGCCUACCAAUCCAUAAUGCCGACCCGCGCUUUGUGGCCUUGGCCGAUUAUCCGAUUUUACCACCUGGCAAGCUGUCGGACUUCGUGGACCUUCCACCCAAUUGCAGCUUCCUACCGAACCCCCUGGUUGCUAUUGGUCAAUCGACGUCGAUGAAAACCUUUAUCCCUCUUCUUAUCAUUUGCUUUAUCACGCUCAAGCUUGCAUUCGGUCUUCUCGUUCUUCGAACAUCACCCAACCCAAGAGCUCCACUGAAUUACCUCAAGAAAACCGCGGCGAUUCAUCUUAUUGUUACCUACCUCAGUGUCGUCUAUGUGAACGUCAACUUCACAUCCUUAUUGAAUCGCUACCCUACACUGGAGAGACUUUUGACGAGGUCAUCAGAGUUCAUGUAUUUCAUUCUUGGAUUCCUCUUUUGUCUCUUCUUACUGUCAUUGGUAGUUGUACCACUUCUUUGGGUCUUCAGCAGCAACAUCGAGGAACGCGGUCAUUCUGAGAUAUACCUCCCUACUCAAUCUACUCAGAUGUCAUCGAACAGUGGUCCUAGCUCAGCUGAUGUUCGAAAGCCAUUCUCAAGGGUCAAUGAAAAGUGUUUGAGUGCGAUUCAAAACCAAAAGAAGAAAAGUUUUUCUUCUAGACUCUAGACUUUCAUUUUAUAGAGCUAGAUUUAUCCCGUACACCCACUCCGUCAUCCAUAAGUAUCUUUUUUACUCUUAGCUCCUUUGGCGUGUCAUUUAUGUAUUUCACUACCUUUGUAUCUUUUUGGUCUUUUCUUCUCUUCGGUACUACACGGUCACAUCUUUAUUGCUGUUUUCGGGUUUGCGCUUGUUGCAUAUUGUUUCCACUAUCGUUAUCAUUAUCAUCACUAUUUAUCAGUAGUUUUUUUUUACCUCUGAGUUUUCUUUGUUUGUUCUUGUAACGCUGUAAGCUCUUGAUUAAUCGAAGCGCUUGUUGUUUUGUGUUAUUGAAAAGCGGACGUUAGACAAGAUAUCAAUACAUUUUUUGUUAGAGUUUGUCUAUCGUAGGUAAUGAUGAUUAUGAAGUCCAUACCUUUGAUCUCC